GAAGAGGGCUUGAUAGAGAAGUGGGAUUGGGGCACGAGAGAGCGCGAGGGAGGGGGUCACGGGUGGAUGGUAACUGCCGCUCUAACAGGGGGAUUUGCACUUUCACCAGGAGAUAUGAUACUCAGGAGAAGUCUCAACUUGCUGCCUAUUUUAUUACUUUGCUCCUCAGCGCUACCUCAAGAUGGUGAGGUCACAAUGGAUGACGACACAACGUUUGACCUGUUUGAUAUUAGCGGUAUCACACGCAAGACUCUGGGCGCCAAGCAAUUCCGUGGCCAAGACACGGACAACCCCGCUUACCGCUUCAUCCGCUUCGAUCAUUUGCCCUCUGUGAGCGCGCCCGUGCUCAAACAGAUGCUUCUGCAAAUCCAGAACAACGAGGGCUUCGUGUUCGUGGCCAGCAUGCGCCAGGACCGCGGCUCGCGGGGAACCCUCAUCGCAUUGGAAGGCGCCAACGGCCAACGGCAGUUUGAAAUCGUCUCCAACGGUCGUGCCAACACGCUGGACCUUGUCUACUGGGUGGACGGCUCUCAAAAUGUUGUCUCCUUCGAGGAUGUUGACCUGUCUGACUCGCAGUGGAAGAAUAUCACACUUCAUGUUCAUGGCGAAAAUGCAAAUCUGUUUGUGGGCUGCAGUCUCAUCGACAGCUUCAUCUUGGAUGAGCCUUUCUACGAGCACCUGCAGGCAGAGGAUAGCCGAAUGUUCGUCGCCAAGGGAUCCAUCCGCGAAAACCAUUUCAGGGGCUUACUGCAGAAUGUUCGCUUCAUGUUCGACACAUCCGUGGAUGAUGUUCUGAGGAACAAAGGCUGUGAAGUCACUAAGGCUGACGAGGCCAACGUGGUGGUGAAUGAGAGCACAGAUAUGGAGGAUGUGAGUACCUCCACAGCCAUCACCACUAACUUCAUCGGCCAAAAGACAGAGAAGCUGGGAGCAGAUAUGUGUGAACGAUCCUGUGAGGAACUCAGCACCAUGUUCCAGGAGCUCAAAGGACUGCGGGUUGUAGUGGGGAACCUCAUAGACGGCCUGCAGAAAGUGACAGAGGAGAACACAGUAAUGAAGGAUGCUUUGGGGAAGAUGAAGAACUCCAAGGAGAAACACAUGUGUUGGCAGGACGGACGGCUUUUUGAAGAUAAGGAGGACUGGGUGGUGGACAGUUGCACCACGUGUACCUGUCAGGACUCAAAGAUCGUGUGUCACCAAAUCACUUGUCCUCCUGUGGCCUGUGCUAGCCCCUCCUUCAUCGACGGAGAGUGUUGCCCUGUGUGUCUGUCUAAGGACAGUGAGGACGGCUGGUCCCCCUGGUCGGAGUGGACAGAGUGUACUGUCACCUGUGGGACAGGUACUCAACAGAGGGGACGCUCAUGUGAUGCCACCAGUAACACCUGCUCCGGACCAUCCAUCCAGACCAGGAAAUGCAGCCUGGGAAAAUGUGACAGCCGAGUUCGUCAGAACGGUGGGUGGAGCCUGUGGUCUCCCUGGUCAUCAUGCUCAGUGACGUGUGGCGAGGGCCAGAUCACCAGGAUACGCCACUGCAACGCACCCACACCACAACUGGGGGGCAAGGACUGUGAGGGCCAGGGGAGAGAUACACAGCGCUGUGAGGCCAAGCCCUGUCCCAUUGACGGUGGUUGGGGACCGUGGUCGCCAUGGGCGAUCUGCUCAGCAACCUGUGGGGGUGGAGUUAAGGGUCGGACCCGUGUCUGUAACAGCCCCGAACCCCAGUACGGAGGCAAGAAGUGCCCUGGGGAGACCAACGACAGUGAUGCCUGCAACAAACAAGAAUGCCCUAUCGACGGUUGUCUGUCUAACCCAUGCUUCGGAGGAGUGGACUGUAACAGUGCCCCCGACGGAUCCUGGGAGUGUGGGCCAUGCCCUCUCGGUUUCCGCGGCAACGGAACCCACUGCGAAGACGUCAACGAGUGUGACAUGGUGUCUGACAUAUGCUUUAAAGCUGGUGGAGCAUCGCGUUGCAUCAACACAGACCCAGGGUUCCACUGUCUGUCCUGCCCACCCCGCUACAAGGGAACGCAGCCCUUCGGCAUGGGGGUGGAAGCUGCCAAGAAGAACAAACAGGUCUGCGAGCCAGAGAACCCCUGCAAAGACAAGACCCACAACUGUCACCGGUCCUCAGAGUGUAUCUACAUCAGCCACUUUAGUGAACCCAUGUACAAGUGUGAGUGCAGGAUUGGCUACGCUGGUGAUGGUUUCAUCUGUGGAGAGGACUCAGACCUGGAUGGAUGGCCUAAUCACAACUUGGUGUGUGGGGCCAACGCCACCUAUCACUGCAAAAAGGAUAACUGCCCCAACCUGCCUAACUCUGGACAGGAAGAUUUUGACAAAGAUGGUCAGGGAGACGCGUGUGACCAGGAUGAUGACAACGAUGGAAUCGUGGAUGAAAGAGACAACUGUCCUCUAAUGUACAAUCCCAGACAGUUUGACUUUGAUAAGGAUGAUGUGGGGGAUCGUUGUGACAACUGCCCCUACGAACACAACCCUGCCCAGAUCGACACCGACCACAAUGGGGAAGGUGACGCCUGUGCUAUCGACAUUGAUGGAGAUGAAAUCCUAAACGAGCAAGACAACUGCCCGUACUUGUACAACAAUGACCAGAAGGACACUGACAUGGAUGGAGUCGGUGACCAGUGUGACAACUGUCCUCUGCUACACAACCCUGACCAGGCUGACACAGACAAUGACCUUGUAGGAGACCAGUGUGACAACAACCAGGAUAUCGAUGAAGACGGUCACCAGAAUAACCUGGACAACUGUCCUUACGUCGCCAACUCCAACCAGGCUGACCACGAUAAGGACGGCAAGGGGGACGCCUGUGACUUCGACGAUGACAAUGACGGUAUCCCUGACGAUAGGGACAACUGUAGAUUGACACCCAAUAAAGAUCAACUGGACUCUGAUGGCGACGGUAGAGGCGACGCCUGCAAAGACGACUUUGACAACGACAACAUCCCGGACUUCCUUGACGUGUGUCCUGAGAACAAUGCCGUCAGCGUCACAAACUUCCGUAAGUUUCAGAUGGUGCACCUGGACCCCAAGGGAACAGCGCAGAUCGACCCCAACUGGGUGGUUAGACAUCAGGGCAAGGAGCUGGUACAGACCGUCAACUCUGACCCUGGCAUCGCUGUUGGCUUUGAUGAGUUCAACGCGGUGGACUUCAGUGGUACGUUCUACGUGAACACGGACCGGGAUGACGACUAUGCUGGCUUUGUGUUCGGUUACCAGUCGAGCGGCCGCUUCUACGUGGUGAUGUGGAAGCAGAUCACUCAGACCUACUGGGAAGACAAACCCUCCAAGGCCUUUGGUAUCUCUGGUGUCUCUCUCAAGGUGGUCAACUCAACUACGGGCACAGGGGAGAACCUGAGAAACGCCCUGUGGCACACAGGCAACACAAAAAAUCAGGUGCGCACUCUGUGGCACGACCCAAAGAACAUUGGCUGGAAGGAUUACACAGCCUACAGGUGGCACCUCAUCCACAGACCCAAGACUGGAUUCAUCAGGGUUGUGGUCUAUGAAGGGAAACAGAUCUUGGCAGACUCGGGACCAGUGUACGACAAGACGUUUGCUGGAGGACGGUUAGGCCUGUUUGUCUUCUCCCAGGAACUGGUCUUCUUCUCUGAUCUCAAAUAUGAGUGUAGAGAUAAGCUGGAGUUUCCAACUGUGUUGUCCAUCAGAUAACUGAACAGCGUUGGAUGUGAAAACUUCAAAUGGCUAAAGACACUAAACCUCAUAACCUGAUCAUCAGCCUUUUGCUGAUUCGUUCAUCAUUUCAACCAAUGAAAUGGAGCUUCAGCUUCGCCCCACCAAAGUAUUUUUGCCUCUAACUUUCCAUUGAAGAGGCAGCCGGGGCCUUUUCCAGUUUUUCUGAGUGCCUUAUGUGAAAAGACAUAUCCUUGAGAAAUGAAAUCCGAUGACAAAUGAAAAAGGUCUUAGCAAUGAUAAAAACUAAGUAACCGAUGUUGACAACAUAUUAUAGGGAUUACUUGUACAACCACUUAUGUGCUUUACUCCGAUUUCUUCCAAACUUUUUACAGCUUUACAUUAACAAAAGUAAAUAUAAAAUUAUUGUUACUCGAUAAAUAUUGAUAUUGUUUGUGCUGGAAAAGAGAUCAACUUGAUGCUAAGUACAAUGUACAAUAAAGGCGUCUAGGUUGCUUAGCAACUAAAGGUCUCUGUAUUGACCUCAGCAGUUUCAGCCCUGCAGUGAAAAAUUGGAUCAAUUUUAAUAUUUACUGCCAAAUAUCCACCAAACUCUUAAUCAAUACCAAAGCACACUGAUGUACGUCGCUAACUUGAACAAAGUUCUUAUUUUUUGUAUUGAUUCUUAUACCACCCAGAAUGCAGUUUUGUUAAAAGGGUCUUCAGUUGCUCAUUUAAAAUGUUUGUCAAACUCUAAAAAGGUUGACCGUGAGACCGUCUUAUAACAUUUUAAAGUACUUUGGGAUGAAGAUGUUUAUACUAAGUUUGUAUUAUAAUUUCUUCUGUAAAUUAUUAUCACGAGUUUAUGUCUUGCUGGUUUGUUUGUUUUGUUUGUUUGCUUUUUUGUUAGAGAUUGUAAAUAAUUUAUUUAUUUGUUUACACUGACGAAAUUUCACAAUUGAAGAUUGUUGGAUAUCAACAUAAAAAUUUCUCAAACAUCAAGUUAAAAAUACACUAUCACAAACUUUGUGUACUAUGCAGUGUUAUGCCAUGUGUUAUACUGAACAAAAAUUUAAAUAAUAAAACAACAUGCAACAAUUUUA